AUGUCGAACCCUUCAAAUCCACCCUCGGGCACUUCCACCCCUCGAGCAUUCACCGCCCCCGGCACGACCGCCGAAGAACUCCUCAAAUCGCAGACGGUCGGCUUGGUCAAUCUCGCCGACUUUCGGAAACGGCGUGCCGACGUGCUAGAACAAAAGGACAAAGAGGCCCGGUCCGCGGGGGCAAACACACCCGACGUCGAAGAUGGCGAAGAUGCGGUGACAGGGCGAUCGGAUCAACCUCCCAAGAAAAGGAACAAGAAGAAAAAGAAAGCUGCCAUGGGCCUCUUGUCGUUUGGUGAAGAUGAAAACGAGGACGAUGAAGGCGGAACAUCUACACCUGCGGCGGCGCGCAGUUUGAGGACCUCAGCCGAAGCGUCGCCCGAACCGUCGAGCACUGCGCGAAAGCUGACGCCGAACCCGAAGUCUGGGCUACCGCCGCCACGGGCACUGACGAAGGCCGCACUCGCUGCGGAGGCGGCCGAACGAGAGAGACUGAGAAAAGAGUUCCUCGAGAUGCAGGAGGCGGUGAAAGAGAGCGAGAUUGCCGUGCCUUUUGUCUUUUACGACGGCGCGAACAUACCCGGUGGCACUGUCAAAGUGAAGAAGGGCGAUCACAUUUGGUUGCUGUUGGAGCGGUGUAGGAAAGUCGGCGCCGAGUUGGGUGUCAGUGGCAGCGCGAACGGGAGUGGUGCGAGCCUGAAGAGCAUUGAGAACAGUAAGAAACAAUGGGCUCGUGUCGGGGUCGACGAUCUGAUGUGUGUUCGAGGCGAGGUUAUUGUGCCCCAUCACUACGAGUUUCAUUACUUUAUCGCCAACAAGAUCCCUGAUCCGGCGAGGGAGGGUCGGCUGUUGUUCGAUUACUCAAACACGGUGGACAAGAAAGACCAGGAUGCACCGUUGUUGCGUGUACCUGGACAAGAGGAGAUUGAGGGACAGAAUGACGAUCCAACGUUGACAAAGGUCGUAGAUCGGAGGUGGUAUGAGAGGAAUAAACACAUUUACCCAGCCAGCUUGUGGAAAGAGUUCAAGGUUGGCAAAGAAUUCGAAGAGAUGGCAAAGGGUAGAAGAGAUGCUCAGGGAAAUGCUUUCUUCUUUGGUUGA